AUGAAGGACAGUUCUCUUUUUCACAUGAUCCUCCAGUGCAAUGACAUGGGCAGCUCUAGCCUGGGUCACUCUGAGCCUCUGUCUGAGGGCUAUCCCAAGGCUGUCCUGACCCUGCAGCCUGCCUGGUCACAGAUAUUCCCAGAAGAGACAGUCACCCUGAGCUGUGAGGUGGAGGGGGGCUCUGCUGGCUGGAGGUUUAAACAAUACAGAGCUGGACGUGAAGAGGUCUUGCUGAACUGGGUUUUAUUUCUGUCCUUGGCAGGCAGGUCUGUGUUCCUAACAUGCCUUGUUUCCUUUCUUUACCCAGAGCUGCCGAAGGCUGUGCUGACCAGCAGUCCUCAAUGGGGAGAGCUGUACACUGGAGAGACUGUCACCCUGAGCUGUGGGGUUGAGGGGGGUUUCACUGGCUUCCAAUAUCUCUGGUACAAGAGCAGUCAAGGAGGCACAGUGCAGAUCAGAGGCACCACUGGAGCCAGAUACACACUCAGCCCUGUCACUCAGUCUCAUAGUGGACAGUACCAGUGUGAGGCACAAAGAGGAGAUCCACCACGUUCCUCUCAGCGCAGUGAUCCUGUUACACUGACUGUGUCUGAGGGACGACCAAAGCCUGCACUGACCCGGGAGCCUGCAGGAGAGAUAUUUGAUGGAGACACGGUCACCCUGAGCUGUGUGGUUGAGGGGGGCUCUGGUGGCUGGAGAUAUCUCUGGUACAAAGACAGGCAGGGAGCUCCAGUGUACCAGACCGACAGCAGCAGUGGAACUGGAGCCGGAUACACAAUCAGUGCUGCUGCUCUGUCCCACAGUGGAGAGUACUGGUGUGGAGCUGAACGGGGCAGGAACACGUCUUACUCACAAUACAGCGAUCCCAUCUGGGUAAAUGUAACUGGUGAGUAAUACAGAAUCUCCUUCCUUUUCACUAAAGCUUUGCCCUCAGCAGUAGGGGGUGCUGUUUGGUUCUGCUAGAGGUGAUUGGGAGCCUCAAUCCUCCAGCAUUUCUCUAAUUCUCUAUUUCUAAUUAUAUUCCUCUCUGUGCUUCUCUGUCUACUAAAA